AGAAAAAGGAGGGAUCCGCCAUUUUAGUAGCUACGAUGAGACCCACUUUCAGUAAACAUUGAAGGGUGGGGGGCAUAAUUUUAACAUAUUUUUGCUAAAUACGUAUUUAGUUAGAUAUCGGGCAACCGUGAGAGAAGGCAAAACGAGUCCUCUAAAGGUUAGCGGAAAGCAGGGAAAGGGGCGGAAAAUGGCGGUCGACAAACGAGAUGAGAAAGAGGGAGAGCUCAACGUCCUGGAUGACAUCCUCACCGAGGCCCCUGACCAGGAUGACGAGCUCUAUAACCCUGAGAGUGAACAGCACGUCAACCAGAAAAAAGGGUCUAAGAGGAAGAACAACCGAGGGGAUAACCACGUGCCGAAGCGUCUGCGACCCACGGCGCACACCACCACCAGACACGCCACUAAGAGAUCAGCCCCCUCGGCUGGGGCUAGCGGGACAAAGCCAGUCAACCCCAGGAGGGGACGGCACCCCCCUGAGUACGAUACUGAAGGAUACUAUGAGGACAGGAAGACCCAUCCUAUGAGAGAUGGUGGGGCGCAGAGAGGGGAGCCUCACAACGCAGCCCACUCUGACAAGACCCUGGGCCGCAGGAGAGAGCCGGACAGACACAGGAUCAUGCCUGAGCUCACCACCGAGAAGCUGAGUCCUCCCAUUGAGGAGGGCAGGGUCAGCCCCUCUAAGGAAGCAGAAGAAGAAGAGGGGGCAUCAGACCAGGAGACGGGCAGCACGGCCGAGUCCUCCGAGGGACACCGAUCCAACGUGGAGGAAGAGGAGGGCGAGGAGGAAGAGUAUGAGGUGCAGGAAGUGGAUCAGAGAGCCAAGAAUGCGGCAAAUGAUUACGACACUCGCAGUGAAGUCAGCGACUCCCAGUCUGAGUCCGUGUCCUUCUCUGAUGGGGAGUCUGUUCUCUCUGGCUCUGACGCUUCAGGAUCUGAGAAGACACACGAGAAGUCAUUGUCCGUCCGCGCCGUCCGCAAGAACCAGGUCAGCAAGCUGAAGUACGUCGUACGAGACGCCCGCUUCUUCAUGAUCAAGAGCAACAACCAUGAGAACGUCUCCCUGGCCAAGGCUAAGGGUGUGUGGUCCACUUUGCCUGUUAAUGAGAAGAAACUGAAUGCUGCCUUCCGUUCCGCUCGCAGUGUCAUCCUGGUCUUCUCAGUCAAGGAGAGCGGCAAGUUCCAAGGUUUUGCCAGGCUGUCCUCUGAGUCCCAUCACGGAGGGUCUCCCAUCCACUGGGUCCUGCCCGCUGGGAUGAACGCCAAGAUGCUGGGUGGGGUGUUCAAGAUCGACUGGAUCUGCAGACGGGAGUUGCCGUUCACUAACACGGCUCACCUCUCCAACUCAUGGAAUGAACACAAGCCUGUAAAGAUCGGCCGAGACGGACAGGAAAUGGAGCCGGGGUGUGGGAUGCAGCUGUGCCUGAUGUUCCCCCAGGACGAGAGCAUUGACUUGUAUCAAGUUAUUCAUAAGAUGCGACACAAGAGGACGAUUCCUUCUGAGCCCCGCUCUCGAGGACGCCCGCCCUACAGAGAGCCCACCCGAGGCGACCUGGGAAGGGGUCGGCCAGAGGAAAAUGCCAUUCACAACAGGAAACGCCCGAGGAUUGAUUAUCCAGCAGAGUUCCCACAGAGACCAGGCUUUACACCGGACCCUCGUAACCCUCCAGUUGACCGGCGGGUCCCCACUGGAGUAAGAAGAGAUGUUUUUCUCAAUGGGUCCUACAACGAUUACAUGAGAGAGUUCCACCACACCAUUGGUCAGCCUACUCCUUGGCAAGGAAUGGCACAGUACCCUGGGAUGGAGCAGCCUCCUCACCACCCGUUCUACCAGCACCAUCCUCCUCCUCCCCAGUCACAUCCACCUUAUGCUGGGCAACACCCUGUACCACACGAAGCCCGCUUCAGAGAACCUGUACCACACGACGCCCGCUUCAGAGAGAAGAGACUUGUCCGCUCUUUUAGCUCCAGCCUGCAUGACUAUGAUAUGCGAGUGGAUGACUUCCUGAGACGGACCCAGGCUGUGGUGACCAGUCGCCGCAGCCGCCCACGGGAACGAGACAGGCAAAGGGAGCGAGAACGGCCCAGAGACGCCCGACGGGAGCGAGAUCGCGGACGCGACCGGGAGAGAGACAGGAUCAGGGACAGGGAGAAGGAGAAGGAGAGGGGGCGCUACAGGAGAUAAAUCAGGGGGACUAAAUCAAACAGCAAGUCCUGCGGUACUUUCUUUUAUCGCUUUUCCUUUAUUUUUUUUUUUUUUUUAAUAUGCUGUACCUUUUUUCAAGUGAUUGUGUACUCUUUUUAUUUUUUAAUGUUGUCAAGUCAUCCGCUCAUGUGUAUCAUGAAUGCAUUAUAACUGAACAAAGGCAAUAACAGGAGAAGGGGGUUUGGAGCGUCAAACUAUUGCAGAUGUGAUGUUAGUUUGUGUUUUUGUUUUUUCCUUAGACCCAGACAGACAGUAAUGACUUUAAAUGUUUUUAAUGCCAUAUUGUCUUUUAUGUUGUUCAUAAUUGUACAUGGUUCAUAUUAAGAUCUUGCUACUUAAAGGGGUAUAAUUGAGUUGUACUGAAUCUGUUGUAGCAAGUCCCUUUUUUUACUGGCCUUUUCGUUUCAAGCCAUUUCAUUUUUUUCUAGUGUUUUUGACUGGUCCAGAAGCAAAAAAAAAAAGAGCAAUAUUGUCUGUCUAGAUCUUUAUUUUCUGAAGUUUACAUCCAGACUCUAAUCAGUGCUGUAAGGCGAUGAGAGAUGUUUGCUUGGGGGGAGGGAAAAAGUACAAUGUUUUUGAAGGUCUGUUUUGUACAACAAAAAUACUGUGUAUUUUACUACUGUCGUCAGUUGAUAAGUAAAAGACUGGUCUGGAUUGAUUCACUUUAUAGAAACUGUUUUUACUCAGAACUGAGUAUAUUUUUAAGGCAUUCAAACCUUUAUGAAACCAGUCAUAACACCUUUGCGUGUUGAAGUAUAAUAAAAAGCUUUACAUCACGUUGAA